AGUGCGGUGAAUCAGCAGCGGCGCAUUGAGUUGUGAAUGAGUUCUAUAAUGAAAGCCCCUGUAAACCGCUUUCACGCAGUCAGCACCAGAAAGCGGUAGAUCAUUCAGCCUGUUUGUUUAUGAUUUGCCAUAUCAUUCGCUCGAAACUGUUUGUCCUCAUUUAUUAACAAUUCGCAACACUUUAAAAGUGCCUAAAUCGUCGCAGGUAUGGCGAAGAGACUCACUGAUCUGUUUGGCAACAACCGGAUCAUCGCGGGACUGUUGGUCAACUUAGUGUCUUCAAUAUGUAUAGUCUUCAUCAACAAAUGGAUUUAUGUGCAUUAUGGCUUUCCCAACAUGACCCUGACUCUCGUUCAUUUCGUGACGACAUGGCUUGGGCUGUUCGUGUGUCAGAAGAUGGAUAUAUUUUCCCCAAAGAGCCUCAGACCCACGAAAAUCAUCCUGCUGGCUUUGAGUUUCUGUGGAUUUGUUGCAUUUACUAAUUUGUCCCUGCAAAACAACACUAUAGGUACAUAUCAGCUGGCAAAGGCCAUGACAACACCUGUGAUUAUAGUCAUUCAGACGAUGUACUACAAAAAGACUUUCUCCACAAAGAUUAAACUCACACUAGUGCCGAUUACUCUUGGAGUCAUACUGAACUCUUACUAUGAUGUGAAGUUUAAUCUUUUGGGGAUGAUCUUUGCCACACUAGGAGUCUUUGUCACUUCACUGUAUCAAGUGUGGGUUGGUGCCAAACAGCAUGAGCUGCAGGUGAACUCCAUGCAGUUGCUUUAUUAUCAGGCACCCAUGUCUUCUGCGUUCCUUCUGGUUAUUGUGCCAUUCUUCGAACCCCUGACCGGAGAGGGUGGUAUCUUUGGCCCCUGGUCAUUCCAGGCCCUGGUAAUGGUCUUUCUUUCUGGUCUAAUUGCCUUUCUGGUUAAUUUGUCCAUAUAUUGGAUCAUUGGAAACACGUCACCUGUUACCUAUAACAUGUUUGGACAUUUCAAGUUCUGCAUCACUUUACUGGGAGGGUAUGUCCUCUUCCAGGACCCUUUGUCUUUAAAUCAAGGUCUGGGCAUCCUCUGCACCCUCACUGGCAUCCUGGCAUACACCCAUUUCAAACUGGCAGAGCAGGAUGCGGGCAAAAGCAAGCUCACUCAAAGACCAUAGGCCAGCUGAUGUGCCAGUUAUCUGUCAGUAUUUAAACCAGGGUUCAGUGCCUGAUAGUGUACAGAUAUAUACUGUAUAGUAGUAAAGACUAACCAGAUAUACGUAGAGUGGAUGACUUUUAGCAGCAUUUCAAUGAAUUACAUGGACUUUAAUUAAUGAAAAGGUUUAUGUACCUUAAAACAGUUUUAGUUUUUGUAUUUACUGUAUGAGAUCUUGCAAUAAACAUGAGCUGUCCGUUGUUUGCAAGAAAAAUGCUGAAUGUCCAAACAAAUUUACAUUUCAGUUUUAUACGUUGUAUUUAAUGAUGUAUUUUUCAUAUGCCGUGUACAACAAUAAAACAUUUUAUAUAACAUGA